AUGACUCUCUCUCUAUACGCCAGCACUGCACUGGCCGGUAUCUUUUCCCAUGUGGCCUACUUCAAUCGAGGCGAGCACCAUCUUUACGGGUUGCUCUAUAUCAAACUCCUCUUGACCAGCAUAAUCUCUGCGACCGCCAUCCUCUCAUACACCCAACAAACCACAGUAACUACAGCAUUAAGCACAGUCGCCAAAGUAGCAUCCUCCUAUCUAGUCGGCCUCUACUCCAGCCUUCUAAUCUACCGCGUCCUGCUGCACCCUCUAAACAAAUUCCCCGGCCCACUGCCCGCCCGCGCCUCAACAUCAUGGCUCACAACCCAGCUCAAAAACAACCUCCACACAGCCCUACUCGACCUCCACCAGCAGCACGGCCUCUUCGUCCGCAUCGGCUCCUCCGACCUCUCCAUCUCACACCCGGAUGCAGUCGAGCUCAUCUACGGCUCCAACUCGCGCUGCAUAAAGGGCCAGAACUACGAACUCGUCCUGCCCACGAACUCCCUACAGCUCAUGCGCAAUGUCGAGCAGCACCAUACCCGCCGUCGCAUCUGGAGUACCGCCUUCAGCGAUAAACUCCUGCGUGGCUACGAGCAGCGCAUCCGACCGUACCGCCAGAGGCUGAUCAACCGGAUCUCAGAGAUAUCGCGCAGCGACGACUCUCGGGUAAAUAUUAGGAAAUGGUUCGACCUUUACUCGUUCGAUGUCAUGGGCGAUCUGGCCUUUAGUGAAGGGUUUCAGUGUCUGGAGCAGGGAAAGCAGCAUUGGGUGAUUGAGCCGUUGAUAUCUAUGCAGGAUCACAUCGGCAUGUUUUUCCAGGCUUGGGCGUUUGCCAUGCUUGCUGCCAUCCCGGGGCUGUCUAAGGGUCUUUGGACAUUUGUGAACUUUUGUGGAGAGAAGUUGAUGGAGAGGUUUGAGCACCCGCCUGCAACCCCAGAUAUCAGCUCCGCGUUACUGGCACCCUUGAAAGGCAAAUCUGUGUCGGAGGUCACGCCCGAGGAAAAGUUCCUGCUGUACGGCGACGCACAACUCAUCGUGAUCGCAGGAAGUGACACCACCUCAGGCGCUCUAUCCGCCAUAUUCUACGAACUCGCCCGACACCCCGAAGAAAUAAAAAAGCUGCGCGCCGAACUGGAAGCAUUCGUCGGCGAGGGCGAGAAUAAAUACGAGUUCCUGAACUCAAAAAUCGCCCAUCUAAACCAUCUCAAUGGCGUUAUUAACGAAGUCCUCCGGUUAUAUCCUGCCGUUCCCAGCGCGCUACAGCGAAAGACACCCCCCGAGGGAAUUGUCGUUGAUGGCGUCCAUGUUCCUGGCGAUACGCAUGUGUACUGUCCGUUGUAUGUGGUGGGACGAUCUGAGCUCGCCUACGCCCAGCCAGACGAGUUCAUCCCCGAGCGAUGGUAUAGCCGGCCGGAGCUGGUCAGGCACAAAUCCGCUUUUGCUCCAUUUAGUCUUGGCCCAUUUAACUGCAUCGGACGACCGCUCGCACUGAUUAACCUUCGUGACACAUUAGCCCAGCUCAUCAUGGAGUUCGAUGUGGAGUUUGCUCCCGGGGAAGAUGGGGCGCGGUUUCUGGGAGACGCCAAGGAUAAUUUUGUGUUUUAUGCUGGCGAGGUUGAUCUGCUGUUUACUCCACGUAGUUAG